AUGUCGUUCUCCCCCGCUGCUAUUAAGGAAGUACUCUACUUUCCUACUGUCUCCAAAUGUCCAUACCAGAAGUACAUAGACAGUAAGGAAGUUGCCAGAUUUCUGGGGGACCUGAAGGAGACAAUAGCCAUCAGGAACCCCACCUACGCCAAAGGAUCCCUCUGCAAAGGAAGCAUGAGGGACGAAGCCCGAUUCUGGGCUUUAUUUGCCAAUUCCAACAUCACUCCCUCCACUCAUGAGGCCACUGCCAGUUGGGCACUGCAAGUUCAAAUCUAUUGCAUCAUAAAGAACACUCCUUUUGAUGCAGUACCCCUAAUUUAUAAUAGCUUGAAGAUGGAGAUGAGAAAGACCACAGUUUGCCUCCCUUGUCUCAUCACCAAGCUCUGCCUAAAACCCAUACCUGAAGACCUCAGACGCACUGUCACCAGUGAUGAUGAGGAGGAAGCUCUUGUGGUCCCUCAGAAGAAAACCACGAAGGCCACUCCUUCAAAAUCCUCCACUCCUGCCCACGUUCUGGCAAGAAGGACUGUUCCCCCUCCCACCAAGGUGAAGAAGGAUGCCCCUGUUGCUGCUGAAGAGGGAGCAUCCUCUGAGAAGCCCAUCACUCUCUCUGACAGAAAAGAAGAGAGUGAUGACAAUGAGCCUUUGGCAAAAAGGCUGAAGGCUGGGAGAACGUCAGCAUCUAAACCCGCUGCCAAGGAGACGUCCCCAAGCAGCUCUGACUCCACUUUCUCUGACGUUCCGCCCCCACCAUCACCACCUACUCACUCAUCACCACCACCUAUCCUACAGCCCUCUUCCAGGCAACAACAGGGAGAGGGGAGAACAGAAAAAGAAGCAGUACCUGCUGCAGAAACACCAGUGGCUGAGAAAGAAGCUCAGCCACAAAAGAAAGCUGACAGAGGAAAGGGGAUCCUGGUGGAACCCCUUGAAAAGAAGAAAAAGCCAACAGGGCCCAGACAAAUCAAUCUGGGACGUCCCUUGUCUUACCCUGUUAUCCUUCCCGACACUUCUCGGGACGAGGCUUUUGCCAGGGCUUUGGCAGAAGAAGAAAGUUUGGCAGUUCCUCCACUGAUGGAGGAACACACUGAAGCCGCCCCCUCAUCAUCUCAACCACCAGAGGCUGUUUCUAUGCAAACAGAGGAUGAGCCCAGACCAACACCUGUUGUACCUCCUGUUGUUGGCAGCAGCCAGCAAAACAAGCAGACAACUUCCUCCCCUGUUACAGCAAUCCCCCUCCCAACUAAAAAGAAGUCACAAAUUGGGAUUGCUGAAAUUUUUGAGAUGAUGGGGAAGAGGAUAGAAAAGCUGCUGCCAGCAAAACAAUCCCUUCCCCAACUUGAUAUGACAAGCACCAAUGAAGAGCUGAAAGCUCUAAGGGACGGAUUGGAGCAACUCUCUGCUUCCUUCAACAACUUCCAGGAACAGCAGAAGGAAGAGAGAGAACAGCAACUUAGCACCAUUAGGACAACCAUCCAGGAAACCAGUGAUGCCUCUUAUGCAUCAACAUUCCAAGCUGUCAAGGGAGAAAUCAGAAGAGCUUCUGACUCCCUAAUACUUUCCAACUCCUUGCACAACCACAGAGCUGAACACUUGCUCAGCAAGCUCCUCCUCAAACAUUCCGAAGAGAGAAAAGAAACCAAAGAGGCCAUCAAAGCCUUUGGAACAUUUUUGGAGGGGAGAAUUUAUGAGUUGGAAAUGAGGCUGUCGGAUGUUGAAGGGCAGAUUAUCCACUUUCGCACUGGCAGAACAAUGAUGAGGUCCACCAUUAAUUACCUUGUUGCAGUAAUCAACGAUCUACUGAAGGAUGCUGAGAAAUGGCUCCUUGAAUCUGAAGUAAGAAGACUGAGAGAUCAGCUCAGAAAGAGGCCAUUGACACAAGAGGCAGCUAAGGAAGCUGAGGAUGCACAGAAGAAUACCACCUUGGGCAAGAGACGCCCCCAAUGA